UGCAUUAUCGUUUCAUCUCCGUCUGAUUCCCGUCGUUUAGUGUGUGCGUGCAUGCGCGUGUGUGUGUAUGUGUGUCUGUGUGUGUGUAUUAUUGUUUUUUUUUCUAUCGUUCCUUCCACUCUUUUAUAUACGUCCAAAUAUCAUAUAGGUUCAUGUAUAUUUUGUAUUUAUAAUAUUUUAACAAUACAUAUAUAUGUUUAUCGUGCGUGCGUGUGCGUAUGUGCGCGUAUAAUAGCGACCGUCGCGUUUUUCGCCUAUACGAAUAUUUUUUAAAAUUAUUAUUGUAUUUUAUUUAUUUUUGUAUUCAUGGACCGCAAACAAUAAUAAUAGGCGAAUUGCUCGUCUAAAAAAAAAAAAAUUAUUAUAUCGGACGGCAAUUGUGGCCACCGCUGUCGAUUAUACCGUUUACAUGUCCGUUCGUCGUUUACCUUAGGAUUUUACCAUUUAGCAUCGAUUGAGUAGAUCGGCUAUCGCGUGUACCCGUUACGGCGGCGGCCCAGAACAUCAUCAGCACAGCCGCCGUCGCUGCGAUAUGGCGUAGGCAGUCAAUGUCCAGUGUUCAUAUUUUACUUACUAUUGUCUGUGGUCCCCUCAAUUGGGACAUCGUCGCAAAUAGUCGUAUGUAUAAUAUUUAUUUUUUACACAGACUCCAGGUGAUGCUGUGAUGCAUUUGGUUCUUAGAGCGUAGUGUUAUAGCAAUGAGCCACAAUAUGGGCGGCAUGGCCCCUUACGUGACUAGGUUACCUAGAGGCCGCAAUCAAAUGCCGUACUACAACCAAUGUCAGGACAUGCCACCACACAUGCAACGAGGUCCAUGCUACCCGGACGAUUAUAACAAAAUGGGUGGACCGUGCUCGAUGUUGCCUAUGGGCAAUGAGUUUAAAUCUCCAAUGAUGAAUCCAGAUCCACCACCACCUCCGGCUAAGAAGAAAAGAAGAACUUCUAACGCAGCAACUGUGACAAAUCACGCACCUCAGCCACCACCACCAUCACCUCAAGAUCUAUUGCCACCUCCUUUAACGGGUUAUGGCGAUACAAUUGUUGCAUCGAACCCAUUUGAUGACACUCCACCUCCAAUCAUGAACACCAAUCACAUGAACAGGCAAAUGAUGAACUCUCGGCCCAUGAUGUCUGGAAGUCCGUGCCAAAUGGGUGGCUCACCUAUGAACUGCGGCCCACCAAUGGGUAGCCCAAUGGGAGGUCCUUGCAGCAAUAGUCCACAUAGAAAUUCUAUGGUGUGUGGACCGCCAAUGAUGAAUUGUGGUGCACCGGGUAAUAGUCCUCACGCCAUGUCGAUGAACCGCAGUCCAUCCGCAAUGGGUAGUCCACACAUGGUACCAAAUAUGCGCGGCAACAGCCCUAUGGAAUGUGCAGCUAUGGUAAAGCCAUCAUUAAAUUGUGCAUCACCAAUGGGCAGCCCUGUCCCACCUAAUACUAGUAUGAACAUACAUCCUCCAAUGUCUAGUCCCAUGACAUUGGGGCCUUCGCCAAUUAAUGGACAUCCUAAUUCAGGACCAGGCGGUAGUCCUAUGAUGAUGGGCAGGGGAGGCCCCUCACCUUUAACAAAUAGCCCUAUGUCUAUGAAUAUGCCUGUGGGUUCAACUGACCUAAAUGACAUGAAUCAACAUAUGUCCAUGGAUAAUAAUGGAUGCUCAAUUCGAGGACCGUGUCCGGGAUCUAAUAAUAUGCCAUCAGUUUCCAUGGCGUGUAGACCACCUAUGUCGAAUCAGCAGUGCAAUAGUAUGCCUGGACCUAGUAAUAUGAUGAACUGUCCAAGAGGUAUGCCAUGUCCUCAAAUGAUGAGGGGACCACCUCAAUCUUCUGAUCAACAUAGACUUAUGCCUCCUAUGAUGCAUCAUUCUCAAAUACCUAAUAGUCAACCAGGUGGCUAUGGUCCUGGUCCUAGUUCUAAGCCAAUGCCAGUGUCAGCUGGAAAGAUUUAUCCUCAUGAUCAACCAAUGGUCUUCAAUCCACAAAAUCCCAAUGCACCACCUAUAUAUCCCUGUGGUAAUUGUCAUAAAGAAGUUCAUGACAAUGAUCAAGCUGUGUUAUGUGAAUCUGGCUGUAAUUUUUGGUUCCAUAGGAUUUGCACCGGUCUGAUGGAACCUGCUUUUCAACUGCUUACAGCCGAAGUAUAUGCUGAGUGGGUAUGUGAUAAGUGUCUGCAGACUAAGAACAUACCUUUGGUCAAAUACAAACCGUAACGAUCAUCUUUAAAUGCCUCUCAGCUACUACUUUUCUCUCCAGACAGGCUAGUAUCAGCGGUCGCAGCGCUUUAGCCGGUGAUAAAGUACUUAAUCUCAUGUACCAGCAUCAAUACAAAUACUUAUUUAUUAUUAUUCAUGUAUGAAUUAUAUGAAAUCAAAAACGUACUCUUUUUUUUUUUUUUUUUUUUUAUUGAGCUACUGUCAGUUUUAUUAUUAUUUUUAUUUUAAAUAUAUAUUAUAUAUAUAUAUGAUUUUUUUUUAAUUAUGUAGCAAUAUAUGGCUCGACAUUACGUAUGUGUGAAGAACAGAAAAAAGUAACUAGUACUUGUCAGUAUUUCAUUUAUUUGCAUAUAUUGAGUAUGUUGUCACUUGUUUUUAUUUGGCAUUUAUUGUCUUAAGUUCCUCCUUCGAUAGUAAUUUCAUUGAAUUGGGCCUUUAUACUUUCUAAUCUUUGUAUCCUUAUUGCCACUUAUCUUCUCUAUUAUUUUAUUUUUGUAUGUUUUCCUAAUUGGAAAUGUUUUUAAUAACAAAAACAAUUAUUGAUGAUUUAUAUUAUAUUUGUAUGUAUGAUUAUAAAUUAUGAACAUUUUUUUUUUUAGAAAAUAAUUUAAUAACAAUCAACAUUUGUAAAUA